AUGGACUACUAUCAAUGCACGAAGAGUGACUUACACCAAGAGCUCACUCGCCGAGGGCUCCAAGCUUAUGGGGACCAAGACGAGGCCGCCGAGCGCUUGAAGCAAGACGAUCACCAGCGUGGGACUGUUGCUACUGAGAUUGACGCUACUAUAGGACUGUCCAAUACGGUGUACACGUGGAGAUUGAGCAAUGAAUAUGGCAAAACGGUCGUAGCGAGCAUGCUUGUGGGCGAAAGUAUUGUACAUUGGACAAUGAACCAGUUUUUCCCUGCUGUACAGCUCUUCUUUGAGUCGGGUCUCUCUUGCUGGAUUGAAGGCAGCCAACUUCCCGGGGCUUGCAUCGGUCUCGAUUCGGCACUCCGCUUCCGCCUUACUGAUAUCGCGCAUGCAGAGGAUGGCUGUCUCAUCAAUACUAUUCUUUCCAAGCGGGACUCCGCCUCUGACCCCUCUAUCCGUAUCUUGGAAGCCACGGUGGCGAAUCGGAAGAGCAUCGCUGUGAAGGAAACCCACCAGUUUGUGGAGGCUCGACCAGUAACGACCAUCGCGCAAGAGCAACACAUUGUGGUUGGACUACGACUUGAAGGGAUGGAGAGUAUGGGCUACGUGUGGGCAAGGCUACCGAGCACUACUGUUGGAGUAGCGAGUCGCAUGUGGGGCCACGUUCGUAUCGCAGGUAUGAGGAUUGACAUUCCUGUUCCUUUCGUACGAUUUCCUCAGACCGGUAUCAAGCCAGGAGCGCAAUCGAAAGUGGUGUUGAAGGAGAGCGUGAUUGAUCCCAAGCUCCGAGGCCACCCAACAAUAUGACACGCUAGUUCGCUUGGGCGAAUUGGGAUGACGGCAAAGAUGGAUGACAGUAUCGUUCUGCUUCUAACGUUUUCCUCCGAAGCAAGACACGCACGACCACUGUUGGAGGACAAGGAUAGCUCAUUGAUCCCUGUCAGGAUUGUAGGAGCUGCUAGCUGGAAGAGUCGGUUUUGCUAGAUGUUGGGAAUAGGUUCUUUCCAGAU